CAGGUUUCUUCCUCAAUCUUUCUGAGGAGGUCUCCAGCCAUGGCUGCUGGUCAGAAAAGCCUCCCGUGGUUGAUAUUUCUUUGGCCUCUUUUGGGGUGCUCCUGUGCUCUUCCAGAAAGCUGGCUGCCAGGAGAAUAUGCAAACAGCACGUCUGAUGUUCUGAGGUUCCUCAGUGAUUUCAACAGCACUGCUGAGGAGGUUUUUUCCUUUGCCGUGUCUGCAAGCUGGAACUUCGAGACCAACUUAACAGACUACAAUUCCAAAGUUCAGGUGGAGGCCUUUCUUGAAUUGGAUGAUUUCUCUGAAGCUUGGGGGACAAAAGCCAAGACUGUCUUUCCUGAUGAGUUGAUAGACUCUCUCCCUGACCCUAAAGACAAACGCUUAAUUGGAGGCAUGAAGAUUCUGGGUUCUGCCAACCUGCAAAAGCAUGAAAGAGAGGAGCUAAACAUCAUUCUCAGCAACAUGAGCCGCAUUUAUUCCACAGUUGAGAUUUCCCCACAGCCAAAUGUCAGCUGGAGCUUGGACUCUGAGAUCGAUGAAACUAUGGCCAAAUCCAGGAGCUACAACUUGCUGCUGUUUACAUGGGAGGCCUGGCACAACACAGCAGGAGUUCCUCUGAAAAAGCUCUACUCCAGGUUUGUAGAGCUCAGCAACAAAGCCUCCAGAGCUGAUGGAUUUGCAGACACUGGAGCUUGGUGGCGAUCCUGGGAUGAUGACAGUGAAACCUUUGAGCAGGACAUGGACAAUCUUUACAAAACCAUCCAGCCGCUCUAUCUGCACCUGCACGCUUUCGUGCGUCGCAAGCUCUACAACCAAUAUGGUUCCAAGUACAUCAACCUGAAAGGACCAAUCCCUGCACACCUGUUGGGAAACAUGUGGGCUCAGACCUGGAACAACAUUUAUGAUCUGAUGAUCCCUUUUCCUGGCAAAGUCAAUGUGGAUGUGACUGAUGAAAUGGUCAGACAAGGUUACAAUGCUACACACAUGUUUCGAGUGGCAGAGGAGUUCUUCACCUCCCUGGGAUUGAUGGAGAUGCCAAAGGAAUUCUGGGAAGGAUCCAUGAUUGUCAAGCCUAAUGAUCGAGACGUUGUGUGUCAUGCAUCGGCCUGGGACUUCUACAACCGCAAAGACUUCAGGAUAAAGCAGUGCACCAAAGUCACAAUGGAUGAAUUCUUCACUGUACACCAUGAAAUGGGGCACAUCCAGUACUACCUCCAGUACAAGAACCAGCCAGUUGGUUUUCGUGAUGGGGCUAACCCUGGUUUUCAUGAAGCCAUUGGGGAUCUUAUGGCCCUUUCUGUUUCAACACCAAAGCAUCUCCACAAGAUUAACCUGAUGAAGUCUGCAGAGUCUGAUGAAGAAACCAACCUCAACUUCUUGCUAAAUAUGGCCUUGCAGAAAAUAGCUUUCCUUCCUUUUGGCUAUCUGGUGGACCUCUGGCGAUGGGGAGUAUUUAGUGAGAAAACCCCUCCAGAGAGGUACAAUGCUGACUGGUGGUACCUCAGAACCAAAUAUCAAGGAAUCUGUCCACCCAUCAGACGAACAGAAGAGCAGUUUGAUCCCGGGGCAAAAUUCCACAUCCCCAACAACACCCCAUACAUCAGGUAUUUUGUCAGCUUCAUCCUCCAGUUUCAACUCCAUGAAAAGUUGUGUGAGGCAGCCAAUCACACGGGUCCUUUGCACACAUGUGACAUCUACCGCUCUAAAGAAGCAGGAACCAUUCUGAAGAAAAUCCUUGAACCCGGUUCUUCCAGACCUUGGCCUGAACUUCUUCAAGAGACUAUUGGCACCAAUAAGAUCGAUGCUAGCUCGCUCAUGAAAUACUUUGACCCUGUCAUUAGAUGGCUGGAAAAGCAAAAUGUGAAUGAGACCUUGGGGUGGCCUGAUUUCAUGUGGCUCCCACCCACCCCUGAAGACUACCCAGAAAACAUAAAGGCUUAACCUUUGACAUGGUUUUGUGUCAAACAUUCUGAGUGAUGGGGUUGGGGUUAUGUGAUGGCUCAAAAAUAUGUGGACUCAAGUGAGUGUCCGGUUUUUGUGACAUCAUAUGUUAAUCACUUUUUCUUUAUUGUGUAAGGUGUCUGGGUUGGUAAAGUGUUUUGGUGAAAGGAAUGAAAAGCUUGCAUGCCUUUGGGUCAGUAGAACAGGGUCAUUACAAGCAUUUGCUUGAUGGUGUGCUGCUGCAAGGUGUGCUGCAUGUUUAGCCUUCCUCAGCCCCUAAGGCUCAUGAGCCUGAUGGGAAAAAUCAGCAGGAAUACUCCAAAACUAACUUUUGAGCCGACUUUGAUUCACCCUCUUUUAGGUCUUUUUUCUUAUUUUGAUUUAUCAGUCUUAGGAUAGUGAGGAACUGUUAUAGUGGAACCUGGUUAGAGGGAAAAAUUGAGCAUUUAAAAAGUAACCUUAACCAAUAAAAUAAGUCAUUGAUCCCCUCUAACUCACCAGUGGAAGCCUAGUAUCACAUGAAUAGUGGCAUACCCAGGUAAAAAAACUAAACAUCUGAUUUUGGGAAAACAUCCUGCAAAUUUAGAAAUUUUUCCUUUAUCUGUGCAUCUUUAACUGUCCAGAACAAACCAGACUCAAGUAUGUUCCCUUGCAGCAGGACUCAAGACCAAAUCAGGGGUUAGAGCCAGCCUGAUAGAAGCCAGUUUCUGAUGUGUAGACAAAAAGGACAGAGCAUCUUCAGAACUGCAGCUCUUGUUGGUCCCUGGUUUGCAUAAUUCAAAAUCUAAAAUGAUCCAAAAAAGAAGAGUGACCAACUGCAGAUGGAUUCAGGGCCAGCAAAAGCUGAAGGAUGUUGAGAGGAAACAGACUGUCCUGUAGACUACAAUCUAAAAAACUAUUGUUGCUUCAAAUGCUGAUGAAGUUAAAACUGCUGCUGCAAAUGGAACAGGGAAAAAAAGCUAACAUGAUAUUAAACUAUACUGUGCAACGUGUAGUGAUGUUUAUUUUACUGCUUUCCUUCUGAUAAGUAAAGAUGUGAUCACUAAAGUGUGGAAAUA